UCUCUCGCCGGGUUAAUGGCAUUGCUAUUUGGAUUGUGAUCGGAAACCCUAUGGAGGGCAACAAGUAGGAGUAGAGAAGUAGGACAGAAGGACGAAGGAGAUGGAGGCGAUGAGUGCUUUCUGUUUCCUCCUGGUUCUGUGCUUUCUCCCAUGUGUGGACAACAACCUCAUUAUUGCCAACAUGUUUGAAGCUCGAGGUCAACGUGUGUGCAGGGUGGGCAAAGGAAGACCCUGCUACAAACUAGCAUACUUCUCAGAACCGAGGCGGCGGCUAAACUUCGAAGAGGCGGGGCUUGCGUGUCGACGUGACGGAGGGGUGCUGCUGAGUGUGGAAUCCGCCUCCGAGCAGCGAAUCAUAGAACAGCUCAUUACGGAGCUCCGCCCCUCUGAUGGGGAUUUCUGGAUUGGCUUGCGCCGUAACCAUGGAGACCAGGACAGCAACGAAGACUGCCCCUCGCAGUAUUACUGGCUGGAUGGCAGCAAGGCUACCUUCAGGAAGUGGCACUGGGAUGAGCCAUCGUGUGGGUACGAGGUGUGUGUAGUGAUGUACCACCAGCCGUCCGCUCCCCCUGGUCAAGGCGGGCUCUACAUGUUCCAGUGGAACGACGACAACUGUGAAACCAAGAACAACUUCAUUUGCAAGUAUACCACAGAAAGGCCUCCCGACCCCUCCCCUUCUGAAAACUCCUCCCACACAUUCUCCGAGACCCCUCCCACAUCUCUGUUUCCAUGGAAUCCAAAUAGCCAUGGAGAGGAGCAGAGCCCAGGCCUGAACUUGGUGUAUGUUAUCCUUCCCAUAAUUCCCUUAUUGCUACUUUUGUUGAUGGUGUUCGGAGUGUUCUGCUGCAAGCUGCUGGCCUGCAGGAGGACGAAGCACAAGCCCCAGCCAGAGGUGUCUCAGACCGACCCUGGAUUCUGUCCCAGCCCCGUCCCCAGCGACGUCUACAAGGUGAUUCGCUCCCAGGAAGACGCCGACCUGUCGGGAAGCCGCCCACACACCAAGAACACGUCCUUCCUGGGCUCCUCCCCCGACACCCCCCCUGGUGACUAUGACAACCUGGGGGGACGCGACACGGAGAGUGGCUUUGUGACCCUGGCCAGCACUGAGAGCUGCUUCAUGAACUACGAGCUCAACGACCUCAGCCUGGGCCGCCGUGGCAACCGCGAACCCUACCAAACCAGCCUGCGUCGCCAAGGAAGCCGCGACUCGUACGACGCCAGUCUGAGUCGCUAUGGUAACCGGGAGUCGUACGACAAGAGCCUGGUUCGACGUGCGGGGAGGAGUGAACUUUAUGGAGCCGGUUCCUAUGGAGACCGGGAGAUGUAUGAAGGUAGUAUGGGUGGUAGGAGUGAGUUCUAUGAUGGUGGUCUGGGGGCUGGUGGUCUGGGUCUUGGGGAAGUGGGGUCUGGUGUUCUGGGGCAUGGUGGUCUGGGGCAUGGUGGUCUGGGGCAUGGGGAUAUGGGGCCUGGCAGUCUGGGUCCAGGAGGUGGUCUGGGUCCUGAUAGUCUGGGGAAUGGUAGUAUGGUGCAUGGUGCUCUGGGACCUGGUGGUCUGGGGCCUGGGGCUCUAGCAUUGAAGAGUGACCUCUACCAGACAUACCUGAUCAACGGAAGAGACGACGUGUACCAAACCAGCCUGUGUCGCUAUGGCAGCAACAGGAAAUCCUACGAUACCAGUGUGAGUUACUAUGGAAACGAGCCCAACCUGAGUGGUGGGAAGCGCUACUUCCGGGAGGCUGAAUGGGUAGACAGUGAUAGCUAUUGAUCAUCCACUCCACUGUUGUGUGUAUAACAGUUGUGCGUAUGAAUUACCGUGUCUCAGUGCAAUGGAGGUUUUCAUUAUUGAAAGAGAUGAUGGAAAGCCUGCAGAGACGACAGUGUCCGAAGAAUAGGUGACACGAUAUGUGUGCAUGUCUUUUUUGACUGGUGGCCUGUUUGCAUGGGCUUGUGAUGCAGUUUCUUUUUGGUGGGGUUACCCGGCAAAGCGUAAAAAAAACGUGCUGCCCACCCAUUUUGGAGGUUUUCAAUACCUUUUUCUACCCUUACAUUUACAAAGCGACAUGCCAUCGAAUCAUUUAGCGCCGUUUUCUUGCUUCUUUGCCGUUUGGCUGAACUGCACCUCUCAAACAGCGGCGAAUGUCUCCAUUUAAAAGGCGUUGUCGCUCCCAUUUCAACUCGCCUAUCCUCAACGGACGUUACGGCUCACGAAGGGCCCCUCCAGGCGGGAGAGAAAGGACUGGAGGAGGGAACUGGCGAGAACGAGGAUUCAGCUGGAGAGCUCGCUGCCUGACCGCGACAACAACGGCAUGACUUCACAGAGAAUGAGGACUUCAUGUAACCUGUAUGUAUCCUGGUCUGUCUGAUACCAAGUCUCUGGUAGGAGAGACCGGAAAGGUGUUUGUAUGUUUGCUAUGAUAAAAAGGAAACUCAAUAAAGAGGAAACGAGAUACACGAUGAUGGAUGUGUGGGUGAAUACUUAUGUUACCUCAUGUGGUAUUUUGGACGUUCAAUCGCACUUAGCUAAGUGAAGAUUCAUCCAGG